AGUGUCCGUGCGUGAUGGUGUAGUCCCGUGUCUCCCUGACAUGUGCCUUCCCAGACAUUUACCAUGAUAUCUACUGUGAACUGGAUAGAUACAGGUUAAAUUAACUGUUAGAAAGAGGAGCAAUCAUGGCGAAUAUAAAGGUGGCGGUGCGCGUCCGGCCGAUGAGUCAGAAGGAGACGUCAACAGGAGGGCGUCACGUGGUCCAUGUACAAGACAACAGCGUCUCCAUCACUAACAUCAAGGUCCCGGUUGAGGGCAGCGCCGACCAUAGGGAGCGGAUACGACACUUCGCCUUCGACUAUGCCUACGAGCUCGGCAAGGGCGACGAAGACCAGGGAGGCAACGCCAAGCCCAGGGGAGACGCCAAGUCCAAGGACUCCCGAAGACCCAGCAGGAAGGACAGUAGGAGAACCACCGCCACCAGUAGGAAGACCUCCAGGAGUCAUGACAGGGCCAAGGACAUCGGUACUGAAGGAAAGAGUGAAGAACCAAAAGAAGUCAAAAAUGAAGAACAGAGAGAAGGCAAGAGUGAAGAACAGACAGAAAUCAAGAGUGAACAUCAGAGUGAAGAACAAAUUCAAGAGAAGACUGAGCACCAGGAAGAUAACAAGAGUGAAGACCAAAGGAGUGUAAAGAGUGAGGAUUUGAGGGCAUUCGACGUUGAGAACCAGAGUAGUAGUCGUAAAGAGCAGAGAAAGAGGAAGAGUCGAGACAGCGAGAGUGAAAACCACCUUGGAGUCUUAGUAGAAAACCAGAGUGAAGACCUAUGUGAAACCAAGAGUGAAGUCAGUAGGGCCGUGAGUGAAGCCCAGCCCGAGGACCUCAGUCACGAAGGCCAGAGUGAAGGGAAGGACUACACCGGGAACGCUAACUGGGACCAGGAGAGAGUAUAUCGUGAGCUGGGUCGGGAAGUGGAAGCGGCGACGGUGUACGGUUACAACGCUUGUGUGUUGGCGUACGGCCAGUCAGGCUCCGGCAAGACAUACACCAUCCUGGGUCACAAGGAGGCGCCCGGGUUAGCACCAAGGAUGUGCCAGGGAUUGCUCACUCGCCUGCAGGAGAGGUACAGCCCUGAUGACCUGUGUGCUCAGGACUUCACUCUCUCCCUCAGCCUGGUUGAGAUCUACAAUGAGCGUGUUCGUGACCUGCUGACAGAUUGUGACCCAGGAAAGACUUUGCGUGUCAGGGAACAUCCUCACACAGGCCCCUACGUUGAUGGUGUGACGCGCCACCCGGUAACUGAUACGGGUGUUGCGUGGUCAUUACUAGAGCGUGGGCGGGCAAGUCGUAGUGUAGCCUCUACAGCCUCUCAUGCACACUCCUCCAGGUCACAUGCCUUGUUGACCUUGGAUGUGACUCAGCCAGCAGCACACACUCGUUCUACUCUCACCUUGGUUGAUCUAGCUGGGAGUGAACGAGCCAAUGAAGAAGUGGACAAGGCACGCCUAACUGAGGGUGCCAGCAUUAAUCGUUCCCUUGUGACACUUGGCAAUGUCAUAUCUGCAUUAGCUGAACGUGGAGCGGCAAUAGGCUCGACCAUAGCUGGAUCUCUGCUCGGGUCUAACCUCUCCCUGAACAGCACCUCUUCCCGCCCCACUUAUGCCCACUCUCACUCUACUACGGCAAUGACUGAAGGAAUGCCUGCACACAGCCAGAGGAGGAGUUCAAGAUUACCAUUUAUACCUUACAGAGAUUCUGUCCUCACCUGGCUACUGAAGGACACUUUAGGUGGCAAUGCUAAAACUUUAAUGAUUGCAACUGUAUCCCCCUCCAGUACUAGUUUUGCCGAGAGUGUUUCCACACUUCGGUAUGCCACCCGUGCACGUUGCAUUGUCAACAUGCCUGUGGUGAACCUUGAUACUGGAACAGCCACCAUUAGGAGCCUAAAGAGAGAAGUAGCUGCUCUAAGAAGAUUAUUGUGUGAUGCCAAGCCAUCAAUUAUGAAGCCACUUGGAACAAGCAAAACAACUUUACUGGACAUCAUCUCCCAUGCAUCUACCUCAGAUCUUACAAGAGAUUGGAUUGAGCACCUACAUAAAGAACAAUCAAAAGACCACAAGAGAGUUAGAAGAAAAAGUGCUCCUGUUGGUCGCAGCUCAAGUAUCAAACAUGGCUUGAACCGUUCGACUUCAUCAAUUAGUAGUACAGAAGCCGUUCAGAGUUCGUGUGGCCCACGCGAUAUUAUUGUUGAAACAGAGUUGCCUUAUUUGCUCAACACCCUUGAUGACACUCAUUCUUCCAGCAUUAUCAUAUAUCAUAUUCAGAAUGGUGCCUCUGUUGUUGGCUGUGGGGACAAUGCAGAUAUAUAUGUUGUUGGUUCAGGUGUGUCUUCAUCUCACUGUAGUCUGAUCCAUGCUCGUGGUGCUGUCACUCUCAGAUGCCUCACAGGAUGUGAGGUGGAGGUGAGUAGUGAAAGAGUUCUAGAAGGUGGGGCGAGACGUCUUCGAGAUGGCGACACUCUUACCAUUGGCUCCCGCUCCUUUACUUUUCAUGCACCAACAAGAAUACGGCCACGCUCAAACUCUUGUCCUCGUCGUGAGAUCGGGGCGAGGAGUCCCGGCCCUCGUCGAGAAUGUGUUUUCCCUCGCCUACACCGCCAUCAAUCCUCUGCUUCCAGGAAACCAAGUUGUACAAGUGAGGCAGGAGUACAAAUGAAGGUUAUUGGCCAGGGUCAAGCCUAUCUGGAAGACACAGAAUACACAGGCCAUCAAGACUCUUUCUACAGUAGUUGUCGAUCAGAGAGUGAUUGUGAAGAGGUAGAUGACAAGGACAGGCCGAUGGAUGCAGGAACAGACAAGAGGGACGAAUCAUACCCAAGACACUCACAGUCUGCGUGGGGUCAUCCCAGAAAGUCCCCAAAAGACUUUCUGUAUGAAGAAGUACAAGAUGCACAGUUUAGAUUUCCUUCUACAGAACAGUCCGAUCCUGUAGGUGUGUCCCAAAGUGAGAAUGUUGCCUGUGUGCCAGGCACUUACCUUACUGAUAAUGACAAUGAUCAGGAAAGUACAAACCACUGCUUGUUUCAUGAUGCUUGCUUCUUCAGUUCAAAUACUUCACUUGAUUCUAGCAUUAGUCAGCCUUCCUGUGCUAGUCUUGAUUCCCGCUUAGCACAUAUUUCUGGUAGUAGUAAUACUUACCACAGUAGAGUUUUGUCUCGCACUUUCUUUCUGGAUUUGGCAAAAGAUGGUCAUGAUGCCAAUUCUUCAACAAAUACGCCGUUGGUUUCACCACAGUCUCCUUCCGAAUCUCGCCGAAGGUGGGACAAAAGUGUUUGGCCAGAAGUGGAGCGAGGUUUACGCAGAAACCAGAGUGUCCCACAUAUUGACUGUGUGCGAACUGGAGAUGAUCGGCAGCAUAAGAAACAUGGAAAUUCAUUCAGCUCCCAGCACCUAUCCUCCGGUGAUCGAGAAAAACGACAGAAAAUCAUUGAUGCCGUUACUCGUCGUUUGUACCCAGGCAGUGGACCUGGGUUUGGUCGGCGUCCCAGGAAGGUGUUAGACAAGCCUAAUGUUGCAGGGGAACGCGAAUGUCGGUGUCGAAAGAAGGCAGUGUCCGACACAGAGACUCCUACUACUAAAUCCACAGGUAAAAUAGUUGUUUCUGCUCCAGGCACACCCAGACAUCUUAACCGAUUACCAUCAGUUGUUCCUGGGACGACAUCAACAUCAGUACUUCAGCGUUCACCUGGCAGCACUCCGAUUCUUUGGCGUCGAUGCAGUGCAGAAAGUGACACUGGAAGCCAUGUGCCUCUUCCAGUACGAGGAGACCAGUCGCACAAUGACAGGUCUCCGCGUAGUCCAAAACAAGAAAGUGGAAUACCUGUACUCACACGAACUACAAAGCAAGUUACUAGGCGUGAGGUUAAAACUACCACUACUACUAAAACUAGAACUUUAAACACGACUGAAACAAAAACUAUUAGUGCUGUGCCUCGUACUGAUGAUAAGCCAAGGAUGUUUAAUCAAGCAGUAGGUUGUGAUUUAAGUGAUGUUAGAAGUUAUGGUAAUGUUGGUCCAGGUGAGACUGUAGGUAUACAAGUAGGUAUGUCUUCAUUUUCUAAUAAUAGUGAUAGUGAAAAUAUAAGUGAUACUGCUUCAAAGAUUGAAAAACAACCGAUACACCCAGAAGUAGACUUGUUAAGUGAUGUAAUAGACGCUCCUAGUGGUGGGCAAGAGAGGGAGAGACGGCGGAUCCCCCUUACUCCUGCUCUGCACCAACUGAGACGUGCCUUGGCAUCACUGAAUGACCCGGAGAGGUUUUCAGAUGAUAGUUUGGAACUUUGUAAAUUAGAAACAGAUACUCAAUCACCAUUAAUAUUGCGACUCAGUCCUACACUUGCUGAUGAUGAUGAUAAUUCUCUAGGAGACAUUAGUAAAGACUCAUUGGAGGAGAGUAUGAACAGUCUUGAGUCACAGGAUGUAGCUGUUCCCUUUGAGAUUGACAAUUUGGCAUCAUCAAGACAGGAGGAAAGCAAGAGUUCUGAUGUGAGUGUGAGCAUUGUUACUGAACAACCAACUCCAGGUCAAGGUGAGCCCCAGGACCCUUUUAUUCAAUCUUUUUUCCAGGCUAUUAAUGUAUCCAACAAAGGUAGUGCCAUUGAGGUUGAAGAGUCUCAUUCCUUAUCUGACGAAAGUAGUGAUGUACUGGAUAAUGAGACUGUUGUAUCAGGUAGCCAGAGUUAUCCUAGUCCAUCAUAUGCAUCUCCUGAGAGACAGAACACUGAUAUACAUACUGUCAUUGUUAAUACUCCACCAGACUCUGCUUUACCAAGAACAGUGCGAAGAUGGACCCGUGAAAGGGUAGAGAAACGUAUCAUAGAUUCCACUAGUUCAGAGGACAGUGACCUGGAUUCUAGAAGACGGCCUCGGUUUAGAAAGCGACGUCCUCGGAGAUCAUCGCUUCCUAUUACCUCAUCACAAUCCCAGUUUGUAUAUGAACAUCAGGAUAAUUCAGACUCCACUGACUAUUUAUCAGUCCAACACUCGUCACCAGAGAAAAUCAGGCAUGAAGUUCUGGGUAUGAAAGAUAUGAAUGCUAAUAAAACUUCUAAAGCCUACUCUGCAGUGUACAGUAGUGAGGUGGACACUUCGGGGGAAUAUAAAAACUUACAGGAUGUAUAUAGCUGUGAGAACUUUAGCAUAAAGACUGCUUCCACUUAUAGUAAUGCAGGAAUAUUAAGUGAAAAGAAUGAAAAUUUGUCCAAUCCACUGUUGCCAUCAAACAGGGAUAUGCAUGAUGGGAGUACCUCUGAAUAUUUUUCAUCUCGCACUCGCAUACAACAAGAGGCCAUUACUGCUAGUCAACAUCGGCUUGACAUGAGAGUAGCUUCUUCCAGGGACAUUGACUCUCAAGAAAUGUUAAAGGAGUCUGCCAGAAGGUUGUUGCAAACAGUGAGUAAAGAUGGCCCUCUAUCAGAAGCAUCACAAUUUGCUGUGGCUGAUCUGCUAAAAGCAUCAUCUCAUCGACUAGCAAGCUAUGCAUUAGGUAUAUCUGAUGGUAACACAGAAUUGUCAGAAUUUAAUUUUCCCCGGUCUGAUAGUGGGGCUACCCUGGAUGAAGAUUAUGACACUGCUCAAGGGGAGGAAAGUUGGCAGGAGAGCUCUAAUGACUCUCACACAUCUCUUAGGAAGAAAACUUAUUCUGCUUCACGUGCUGAUUCUGAGUGCAGUACAACAUCUAAAAAGGCUUCUCCUCAGAAAGUUAAAAUGUACCAAGUUCCAGCUAAAAAAAAAUCAUCUUUUGAAGAAUUCACUAGCUCGGUGGAUCUAGUAGGUAGCAGCAGUGGAGGUGAAAUGUCUCCCAAUGAAUUUAUGGGAGACGUGACUGAUGACAGCACUUCAGCCACAACACCUAUAGCAUCUCCAGUUAGUGAGUUUGGUUCAACUGAGAGCUCAUGGGAGGAAUUUGAGGCUGCAGAUCAUGAGCAAAAAGGUGAAUUAAAUAUAUCUAAAAAACAAUUACAAGUAAUAGCUGCUGAGUUUACACCUAGGACAGCUCGACGGUUGUUGUAUACCAUUAUUGAGUGCAGUGAAAGUAGCCGCUCUGAAGGUGCACCAUCUGAACCAGAUGUUAUCCCCUCAGAUUGGCAAGAUACUCUUAGUGAUGCAGAGGAAGAAUUUGGCUCAGGAAGUGUUAGCUGUGAGGUUAGUGAAGAACCCUUGAGCUCGUCUGACGAUACCAUGCUUGAUACUGUUCGACCAAAUCAGGAUGAUCCUCAGGAUUCUCUCUCAUGUGUUUCUGAUGAUGUCUUAGCUGACUUUAAACCUGGCUUGUCAGAAGGCUGUACAGUUGCUGUUGCUCAACAGUUAGCACAGAACUUGGCUGGUUCUCUUGAAUUCCUCACAAGUUUACCUUUGUCACCAGAAUGUCCUGACAGGGAAGAUGAUUCUUGGGACAUGGACACCACGCUCAAAUCUCCUUGUCGUGAGAGUCCACAGCUGCUGGAUGAAAGGGGCUCUUUGAACACGAGUGUUCUGAUAGAUGAUCUAGCUUGUACAAACAUGCAUCCUGGACUGUUUGUAAAAAGGAGUAGUCUUCCUGAGUGUGUACCAUCUUUAGACUUAUCCCAUCUAGGAAAUUCCCCAACAUCAAGUAAGUUAUCCCUAACAUCAGAUUCAAAAGUGAGUCCUCCACUUACACCACAGAAUUCUAGCAGAGUAAGUAACAUGCAAUGUUUACAUACCAGUCAACCUGGCCAAGUGCCUAAUGAAGAUUGUAAACACAUUGUAACUAAUGUAUCUCUACCAGUAGUGCCAGCAGCCUCAAGGAGGGAAGCUAGUAAAUUGCCCCUUUUCACAGCAGAAGCUACUGUGGUAGAGACGAGAACAGAUGUUGAACAGACUUGUAAAUUGGACAAGAAUGAUUACAGGAAGGUAACUCCAGUACAGUUGAGUUGUGACCAAUCUCAAGAUAUACCAACAAUUGCAAAAGCCUUUAAAAAGCAAGAAGAAAAAGCAACAAUGGAAAAUACAGUCAUGAAAGUUGGUCCUUCUGAAAUAGAAAAUGUUCAAUCUCUUAAUGAUAUUCAAGAAAUUGGAGUAAACAAGGAAGAUUAUGUCCAACAAUCAGAAAUUUUAAGAACACCCAGAACUCGAAAUUCUUCAGCCGAUAUUGGUAUAUACGAAGCAUUGGCCACUGAGACUUCAUGUAAACCAGAAGUGAUGCCUGAGACCAUACAAAAUUCUAUGGCUCAAGUUACUCUUCCUGAUGGUAAAUUUUAUAAUGAAAGUGCAUAUUCCUUGGGGGAAGUUAAGGUCCUCCAGGCUGUAUCCUUGCCACACACUAAGGACAUUCAGACAAAAAUUGGCAGUUCCCAAUCAGUAGUGGAAGACAACAGUUCUGAAUUAAUAAUGGAAGACAACAGUUCUGAAUCAACAGUAGAAGACAACAGUUCUGAAUCAACAGUAGAAGACAACAGUUCUGAAUUAAUAGUGGAAGACAACAGUUUUGAAUCAACAGUGGAAGACAACAGUUUUGAAUCAACAGUGGAAGACAACAGUUCUGAAUUAAUAGUGGAAGACAACAGUUCUGAAUUAAUAGUGGAAGACAACAGUUCUGAAUUAAUAGCGGAAGACAACAGUUCUGAAUUAAUAGCGGAAGACAACAGUUCUGAAUUAAUAGCGGAAGACAACAGUUCUGAAUUAAUAGUGGAAGACAACAGUUCUGAAUUAAUAGUGGAAGACAACAGUUCUGAAUUAAUAGUGGAAGACAACAGUUUUGAAUCAACAGUGGAAGACAACAGUUUUGAAUCAACAGUGGAAGACAACAGUUCUGAAUUAAUAGUGGAAGACAACAGUUCUGAAUUAAUAGUGGAAGACAACAGUUCUGAAUUAAUAGUGGAAGACAACAGUUCUGAAUUAAUAGUGGAAGACAACAGUUCUGAAUUAAUAGUGGAAGACAACAGUUCUGAAUUAAUAGUGGAAGACAACAGUUCUGAAUUAAUAGUGGAAGACAACAGUUCUGAAUUAAUAGUGGAAGACAACAGUUCUGAAUCAACAGUGGAAGAUAACAGUUCUGAAUCAACAGUGGAAGACAACAGUUCUGAAUUAAUAGUGGAAGACAACAGUUCCCAUGUAGCAAGAAAUCAACCACAACAGAUGCCUAUGGUGCAGUAUCAAGCACCAUGUACAGUAUUACCACAGGACAAUAUGGUAGGGUUCAGUAUUUCUCGAGGAAUGGUUGCUUCAACACUACAAAAUUCCAUGCUGGAAGAUGGCAUUCUCCAAAACACAACAAGGGAAGUCAUUUCAUCUUCAGCUAUAACUAAUUUAACGUCACAGAAUUCCACAGCAGAUGCUGGUGCAUAUUCAGUAAUGACUCCCUUGACAUCAGACAACUCACUGUUCCAAGUUAGUUUUCCACAAACAAUAGCUACUGAAUUAUCACAGCUUCCCAGAGUGAAUGAAAAUAAAACUCUAAUUGCAACUUUCCAGCCAGAACAAUUGUCCAUGGUAAUAGACAGUACUCCACGAGCACCGGCUAAUUUAUCAACUCAAAGCUGUGCUGAGGAAAUCAUACAUUCAUACUGCACACAACAGCUUUCAGUGACAGAAGCUGAUAUGAAUGUUUCAAUAAUUUCUUUAAAGCCAGGGAAUUCUAGGGUAAAAGACAACAUUACUCAGAGAGAAAUUCUUCCACAAUCACAAUACUCUGAAGUGGAAGUUAACACUGCCGAAACAGUGAUGCCUUUAUCACUACCGAAUUCCAAGUUAAAAGUUAAGAACCUUCAAAUACGACAAGCAAUAAAUCCUCAAAUGCCUGAGAAUGCAAUGCACGAAGUCUGCACUACUCAAGAAGAAGUUCAUCUUCCACCACUGAGCUCUGUUAUAGAAGUCAGCAGUGCUCAUGUUAUGACAACUCUCACACCACAGAGGUCCAAAAUAGAUGUUAACACUCCGCAUGUGGUGAUUCCUCAAAUACUGGACAACUUGGCUGAUGUCGGCAGGCCACAAGUAGUGUCUUCCCUACUACCACAGGACACAGUAGAGGAAGUCAGCAGUAGUGAAGAAGUGAUUCCUCAAGUUCCACUCAGCUCAUUAGAGAAGGUAAAACCUCCUUUAAGAAAACAAGAAGCCAUAAUUGAUGUGACUUUUAUAACUCCUCAAAACUCUGUGGUGCAAGUUAGUGGAACUCAAACACUGCCUCCUGCCACACUAGAGAGCAUGACAGAGGAUAGCAUCAGCAAUGAAAAAGUUUCUUUUGCACCACAGAACACCAUGAUGGAAGCCAGCAGCAAUUACACAGUAAUAUCUCAAAAACGACAACAUUCUGUGGUAGAAGUUAUUGCACCUAGAGUCAUGAGUCCUUUACCACCACUGAACAUUAUGACUGAACUCGGUAAUAUUCACACAGUGACUCCUUUAAUACCACAAAACUCCAUGGUAGAAAUUACAACUUCUCAAGCAGUGACUCCUCUAACACCACACAACUCCAUGGUGGAAGUCCUAACUUCUCAAGCAGUGACACCUCUAACACCACAAAACUCCAUAGUGGAAGUCCUAACUUCUCAAGCAGUGACUCCUCUGAGACCACAGAACUCAGUGGUAGAAAUUGGUACUCAAGAAGUAAAUAGUGUCUCUUUGGAGGAAUCUACAAUAAAUAUUGGAUCUCUUCAGGAGUUGAGUUUUGAAUUAGAGCAGGACUCCAUGUUUGAUGCAAGUGCGCCACAUCAAGUAAGCUCCAUGAUGGGAAUUAAAAAUUAUCAGGAGGAAGUAACUCUUCUACCACAAAACUAUUCUGUUUUAAAUGUUAAUUCCCAUGAGGUAACUACGGAUACUCCUUUGACACCUCAGAUACCCAAAGUUGAAGUUAUUGUUUCCCAAACAGUGACUACUUUAUCACCACAGAGCUCUAAUAUUCAGACCAGUAAUAUAGUGGAUCAGUCUCAUGUAGAUGUUACUAUUACUAAAGCAGUAACUCCUCUAACACCACAGAUCUCCAUGGUGGAAGAUUCAACUUCUGAAGCAGUAACUCUUAUACCACAGAACUCCAUGGUGGAAGUUUCAACUAAUGAAGCUGUGACUCCUCUAACACCACAGAACUCCAUGGUGGAAGUUUCAACUUCUGAAGCUGUGACUCCUCUAACACCACAGAACUCCAUGGUGGAAGUUUCAACUAAUGAAGCUGUGACUCCUCUAACACCACAGAACUCCAUGGUGGAAGUUUCAACUAAUGAAGCUGUGACUCCUCUAACACCACAGAACUCCAUGGUGGAAGUUUCAACUUCUCAAGCAGUGACUCCUCUAACACCACAGAACUCCAUGGUGGAAGUUUCAACUAAUGAAGCUGUGACUCCUCUAACACCACAGAACUCCAUGGUGGAAGUUUCAACUAAUGAAGCUGUGACUCCUCUAACACCACAGAACUCCAUGGUGGAAGUUUCAACUUCUCAAGCAGUGACUCCUCUAACACCACAGAACUCCAUGGUGGAAGUUUCAACUAAUGAAGCUGUGACUCCUCUAACACCACAGAACUCCAUGGUGGAAGUUUCAACUAAUGAAGCUGUGACUCCUCUAACACCACAGAACUCCAUGGUGGAAGUUUCAACUUCUCAAGCAGUGACUCCUCUAACACCACAGAACUCCAUGGUGGAAGUUUCAACUAAUGAAGCUGUGACUCCUCUAACACCACAGAACUCCAUGGUGGAAGUUUCAACUAAUGAAGCUGUGACUCCUCUAACACCACAGAACUCCAUGGUGGAAGUUUCAACUUCUCAAGCAGUGACUCCUCUAACACCACAGAACUCCAUGGUGGAAGUUUCAACUUCUCAAGCAGUGACUCCUCUAACACUACAGAACUCCAUGGUGGAAGUUUCAACUUCUCAAGCAGUGACUCCUCUAACACCACAGAACUCCAUGGUGGAAGUUUCAACUUCUCAAGCAGUGACUCCUCUAACACCACAGAACUCCAUGGUGGAAGUUUCAACUUCUCAAGCAGUGACUCCUCUAACACCACAGAACUCCAUGGUGGAAGUUUCAACUUCUCAAGCAGUGACUCCUCUAACACCACAGAACUCCAUGGUUGAAGUUUAACUUCUCAAGC